CGGCGACCGGCCGAGUCUGGGAGGGCGAGAAAAAGCCCGACGGCUGGGCAGAUAGGAGAGAGAGAGCGAGGGAGAGACCGCGGACGCGAGAACGCGGGGACCCGGGGGACCGAGAGGGGGACGGAGCCUCUGCGCGGGGACACCAAGUCCCAGAGAGGGAGAGACGGGCAGGAAGUGGCGGCGGGAGGGCAGAGCAGGGCUCGGCCACCGCGUGUGCCACUGUUUACAGGCGGUUGCUGAGGUCUGGGGAACCGUCGUCUGCGCGGGUGCCUGCUCCUCUGUUCUCUGCCCCCAGUACCCGCCGUCGGGCACCCCAGCCUAGAAAAACGAGGACCGGGAGGUGGAAAGACCAGGCGGAGCACAGGCAGAGUGGGAGGGCCGCGGCCUCGCGGGGCCACCCAGCCGGCCCGGUCCUGGAUCCAAGCGUUCACGGUGGUUUCACUUCCAUUCUUUUAGCGGGGGGUGCCGGGUUGGGCAGGAUGACAGUGGGGACCAGGAGGAGGAGGGAGAUACAGGGGGAGGGGGGCUGUGCUCCCUCUCCCCACGUGCACCAGGCUUCCACCAAGAGACAGAAGCCAGGCAGUCUGGAGAAGCAGCAGUCACAGCCUCUCUGUGCCACCUGGUGGGGACGAGGGAGAAAGACAAGAGCUAGUGACCCCGCUGAGAAGGGGAAGGAAACUUGGAGAGGGGCAAUUGCUGCCAUCACUGGGGGUUUCCCCCUCCAGGGUGCUGGGCUGGGCCUGAGUCACUUCCCAGGCAGCACCCUUGGGAAGGCUGCGCAGGACCCACAGUGACAAGUGACAGGCUCAGGCUGCAGUGCCCGGCUCUCCAGGCCUUCCCAGAUCACAUUCCUGCCCUGGGCUCUGAUUCUUCCUUCGGAUAAGGAGCCAUCCAGGAAGGGGCUCCUUCCUGGGUUGACCUUCCAGAGCCACGAGGAAUCACAUCAUUUUGAAAUACUCAUGGCAGAGGAGGGGGUCAUCCUCACCAGGAACUUGAAAGCUGCUGUCUCGGCCAUCCUCCACGGCUAUGGGGGCCGGCAGCAGCCGGUGACAGAUGCCAGUGCUGAGCUACACAGACUCUGUGGCUGCCUGGAGCUGCUCCUGCAGUUUGACCAGAAAGAGCAGAAGAGCUUCCUGAGGCCUCGGAAGGAUUACUGGGACUUCCUUGGCGCCACCCUGUGGCGGCAGCGGGCUAGCACGGAGCUGGCACGCUUCGUCCACGCACAGGACAAGUUGAGGACUCCUCUGGCAAAAGGCCGCGCCUUCAUCCGCUUCUGCCUAGCCCACGGACAGCUGGCCGAGUCCCUGCAGCUCUGCCUCCUGAACCCAGAGCUCACCAGGAAAUGGUAUGGCCCCCGGAGCCCUCUGGUGUGCCCCGAACUCCAGGAAGACCUCCUGGACUCUCUCUACACUCUCAAUGGGGUGGCCUUCAACCUGGACCUGCAGUGGCCAAACCUAGAUGAAGCCUGGCCCAUGUUCUCAGAGUCCCAUUACUCCAGUGCCAGUCGGACCCAGGGAAGAAGACCCAGAAAGCCCAAAGAUUCCCCAAAGCAGCUUCCGGGCACCAGGUCCAGAUACCAUGAGGAUUCAGCCUCUGACCAGAAGGGGGAACCCAUCACAAUACAACCUGUUAAGUGCAGUGAUGCAGACAUGCACAGAACUUGGGACCACAGAGAAGGCUGCUUGAGAGAGAUCUCAGCCCCACAUGGAGACCCCUCAGAAUUCCAGCCAGAGGAACCGCACACUAGCCAAGCCGGCUAUCUGCAAGAUGCGCCCAGGGAAGACGGGUUAGCUGGACUCCCCAGGUCCCAGCAACACAGGCAUCCUCGUCCCUUUGUGGAAAAGAAGAGAGAUCCCAGGAGGCUCAGGCCCCCCCAGAGCAUGUGGGAACCAGAGGGGGAAGAGGUUCAGCAAGCCCAGGAGAAGGGAGCCCCAAAAACUGGGAUCUGCCUGGAGAACUCAACACCCAGCAUCCGGAGACAGGGGGAGUGGGCCGCCGGAGCUCCGAAGGAGGUGAUAGGGACAGAGGCUGAGGGCAGAGGGGUUGUGCCGGGUGCAGAGGAGACUCACAAAGGGGGAGCAGAGUGGGGUCAUGUCCACAGGCUGCCGGCCUCCAGCCUCACAGGGACAAUAGAGGACACGAUGUCAGGAAGCCCGCAGGAAUGGGAGGUGCCUAGCAUUCGGGGAGAGCCCCGCGUCCUACGGGACCUAGGAACAAAGGAAGACUCCACCUCAGAGAGACCACAAGAGGAAAGAGGAGUGACCAGGGUGACCAGGAGGAAGGAGCCGGCAGAGGUGGCCUUGCAGGAUGUGGUCAAGAGCCUGAGACACGAGCUCCAGAAGACCAAGGAGCAGGCCCAGUACCAGGAGCAGCUGCUGAAGGAGCAGGAAGGGGAGCUGAAGACACUGCAGGAGCAGCUCAGCAGGUGUCAGGAGGAGAGGGCCCGGCUGCAGACGGAGCUGGAGCAGAAGCUGCAGGAGGCUGAGAGGAGGGACACCAUGUAUGAGGAGGAGCUUGGAGGGCAGCGGGACCUGGUCCGGGCCAUGAAGAUGAGGGUGCUGGAGCUGAUUCAAGAGAAGGACGACCUGUGGCAGAAAGCCCAGCAUCUGUCUUCCACGGCCCCCGGAUGCUGUGUGGACUGCAGCAAGAUCUUUGGCCGGCUGUCUCGGCGGUACCCAUGCAGGCUCUGCGGAGGCCAGGUUUGCCAUGCCUGCUCUGUGGAUUACAAGAAGAGAGAGGGCCACUGCCAACCCUGCUCCCAGAAGGGCGAAGCUCAAUUCGACUGACAGGAUCACCCGGACGGGGCCACCCACCCUCCUCCCUCAAUCAGCUCCCUCCCCUCGCCCUUCCCACCUCUCUGGUCUGACCAGUCCUGCCUUCUAGAAGUUGACGAUCUAAGGCAGACAGCACUUGUGUGCACAUCCUGCAGCGUGGAGAGCGGGAGGAGCCGGCUGGAGCCCUACAGCCCUCACCCAUGAGCGGGGCGGCUUGAGAAAGCUCACAGCUGUCCGUCUGGGCUUCUUCUGUCUGUGAGGGUGCCAGGCACCAUCCUCCCUAAAGGCCCUCCACGCUCAGCACAUCCUGGACCGAGAAGAAGACGCAGGGGCCCUGACAUUUCUCCGCACCCCCACCUCACCCAGCCCACCCUUCACCACACUCAGGGAGCAUCCUAUCUGGAGUCGGCUGUGAAGGUCUGCUUUUGCUGUGUUUCAUUUUUAACAGCUUUCUUGAGGUCUUGACAUUUAACACACUUCACAUAAAUUGUACAACUGGAUGAGUUUUGACUUUAAUAUACACCCAUGAAACCAUCACCAUGUUCACAAUAAUGAACACAUCCAUCAUCCCCAGAGUUUUUCUUCAUGCCCUUUGUAAUCUCUCCCUCGCCCUCCCCCUCCCAAGGCAACCACUUAUCUGCUCUCUACCACUAGACCCGAGCUUUCCAGAAUUUUAUAUAAACGGAAUCAUCUGGUAUGCACUCUGUAUUGUCUGCCUUCUUUCAC